CACCCCCUCCAGGCCUGCGCGCCUCCAGCUCGCGACCCUCCGCCCAGCACGCCCCUCCCUCGGCACGUGCCGCCGGGCGUCUCCUACCCCCGGGCCUGGCGCGAGCUAGUCCUUCCCACCCCGCCGCGCCCCGCGCCGUGGGCGCGCCCCCGCGCUCAGUUUGAAGUCUCGACCCUCCACGGUGGCAGGUCCUUCUCUCCGCUGACGACCCGGGAGCUUGCAGCCUAAGCGCCGGGCUCUGGAGGUGAACUGAGAGCGAGCUACAGGCCGUACCCGGCCCGGGGCAGAGAGAAGCGGAGACGAGGCCUGGCCUGACGCCUAGUCUGACCUUCGCGAGGAAGGGAGCAGGCCGGACCCGGACUGGUGGCAAAGCUUGAUCUGUGCCUAGAAGUGGAAGACAGAGAAAGGCAACCUGGGGCAUUCCAGUAAUUGAAAGAAAAUUUAUAUGGGAUAGAAUUUAUUCUUCCCAUAGUUCUGAGCCAAUGAAAAGAAAAUGGGAAGCAAAACUGAAGCAAAUUGAAGAGCGAGCAUCUUAUUAUGAGAGGAAACCUUUGUCCUCCGUUUAUCGACCAAGGUUGUCCAAACCAGAGGAACCACCCUCCAUUUGGAAACUAUUUCAUCGACAAACACAAGCUUUUAAUUUUGUUAAAAGCUGUAAAGAGGAUGUUCAUGUAUUUGCUUUGGAAUGCAAAGUUGGAGAUGGACAGCGUAUUUACGUCGUAACAACCUAUGCUCAACUUUGGUUUUACUAUAAAUCCCGCAAAACUCUGUUGCACUGCUAUGAAGUUAUUCCUGAAAAUGCUGUAUGCAAGCUUUAUUUUGAUUUGGAAUUUAACAAACUUGCCAAUCCAGGAACUGAUGGGAAACAGAUGGUUGCAUUACUCAUUAAGCAUGUUUGUAAAGCACUUCAUGAAAUUUACGGUGUUAAUUGUUCAGCUGAAGAUGUUUUCAACUUGGAUUCUAGCACUGAUGAAAAAUUUAGCCGCCAUUUAAUAUUUCAACUCCAUGAUGUGGCAUUUAAAAAUAACAUUCAUGUUGGUAAUUUUGUGAGAAAAAUUCUGCAACCUGCUCUUAAAUUAAUUGCCAAAGAAGAUGAUGAUUUGAUGCGAGAGACAAUAGACAAUGGAAUGUCCCAUUUUUCUGAAGCACCAGUUAAACAAGCAAUUUCCUUUAGCAAAAUGUGCACAGAAAAGAAUAUAGGUGAGAACUGGACAUUGAAUUCAAAGAAACUGGAGAGACUGGAAUCAGCUAAGCAAAGCAGUCCUGAUCUUUCAUUUUUAGUUGUGAAGAAUAACAGAGGAGAAAAGCAUCUUUUUGUAGAUCUAGGAGUGUAUACAAGAAAUAGAAAUUUUCGGCUCUAUAAAUCAUCAAAAAUAGGAAAGCAAGUGACUUUAGAAGUUGCUGAAGACAACAAAUUUUUUCCUAAGCAGUCAAAUAAUAUUUCUGAAGAAAAGCAGCAUUUCCAAUCUUCUUUGGUCAGCAACAUCAGAUUCUCAGAUACUUUACAAAUUCUUACAUGUAACACGUCUGAUAGUAAACAAAAACGAGUUGAACAUUUUAACAGUACCAGCACUUCAGUGGAAGCCAUUGAAGGUUUUCAGUGUUCACCCUAUCCUGAAAUUGAUCAUUUUGUUCUUUCUUUGGUGAAUAAAAAUGGCAUUGAAGGAGGAAUUCGGCGUUGGAACUACUUUUUCCCAGAAGAAUUAUUGGUUUAUGAUAUUUGUAAAUAUCGCUGGUGUGAAAACAUUGGAAGAGCCCACAAGAGUAAUAAUAUAAUGAUUCUGGUUGAUCUGAAAAAUGAAGUUUGGUAUCAAAAAUGUCACGACCCUGUCUGUAAAGCAGAAAACUUCAAAUCUGACUGUUUUCCAUUACCACCUGAAGUAUGUCUCCUGUUUCUUUUCAAAGAAGAAGAGGAAUUUACAACAGAUGAAACUAGGCACAAUGAAGCCAAGAACCCUCAUAAACUGUCAUCUACUAAGUUGUCAAAAGGUGUGUGCUCUGAUGCUGACUGGGAUAAUGGUGGUGAUGAUCCUUAUUUUUUAGAAGCUAUUGAAGAUGUUGAAUUAGCUGAAGCUGCAGAAAGUCUUCUCAGUUACAGUACUGGAGUGGAUGAAAUUCCUGAUGAACUAAUUAUAGAAGUAUUACAAGAGUAGCUAAUUAACUAAGGACAGUUACUUUUAUAACCAGGCUUUAAUAACUUAUUAACUUAUUAAACCUGUUACAUCAACCAAGUUUUAUGAUAUUGUUUUCUAAUUAUUUUUUACUUACAUAUGUCUGGGGCUGAUGAGGAUAGGGAUAAGAUAUCAACAUUUAAAACCUUACUCAAGACAAUGACCAGGAAAGAUGAUUCUGGACUCCAACUAUUUUUUCUACAAUCAAACUGAUGUUAUUUAACAUUGUCAGAGACAUAUGAGUGACAAAGUAAUAAAGUAUGGUGACUAGGCCAUACUUAUGUUCUCACAUAUCUGAAUAUUGCUGUAAUAAAAGGAAAUGUUCAACUUGGAGAACUGAAGUAAAUUCCCUCCCACCCUUAUUUUUAUUUAUAAAAGUACAGGUGCAGAAAAUAAGAGACAUUAUCUUGAGACUAAUCUUACAGAGGCAUAUCUUAGUAGACUGGUCUCCUCAUUCCUGGUCAAGGAGCUUCUCUAAAUGAUGGUUGAUAUUUUGCAGAUGGUUUUCCGCUCGCAAAAGGCUUCUUGCUUUUAAUAACAAAGCUGGAAGGCUGGAUGAAUCAUACUAUUGAAGGGAAAAUUUUAUUUAGAUUAACAAUUCAAAAACGUUUACAAGUAAGUAUUAAAAUUUCCAUUAACUCCUUUCAUUUUUAACCUAGGACCAUUAUAAAAAUUGGAUUUAAUUCAUUUUCCUUAGGAUGUAAUUGAUAAUGUAAGGAUACAGUGAACUGUUCUGCAAAGCCUGGGGUAAUCUUCUAAACCCUGAAGAUCAAGUUGGUUCAAGGAACUGUGGCAUCUGAAUUAUUUAAAACAAAAUCAUUCCCGAGACAGGUAAAGAUUCAUUUGGGCAAGUCGGCCAGAGUUCUGUUUUAAAACACAGAAAACUGAGGCAGGUUUGCUUUUACUGUGAGACCUGAUGGAAUGAGAACUUUAGGCCCAUGAAAGUCCAUAAGGAAAAAAACACCAAAAUCCAUCAUCUAGAAAAAUUAUGAGGAAGAUCAAGAUCAAAAUCAAUCAAAUGUCUUACAGUUGCCAAUCCAAAUGUUAUUAAUGAUUAAAACCAAAAUUAGAAUACAAACCCAACAUAAAAUGGAAUAUAUAAAACCCAACUCAUGAUUUUGAAAUAAUUAACAAAACCAAACUUUCUGUGGCUUUAUUCUUUCCUGUUGCAGACUGUACCUAAGGGUGUGUGAUUAUUUUAUUGCUUUUCCCUUGAAUUCCCCAUGACUUUUAUCAUGCCUCUGAUAUUUUCAAGGUGGUUUUCUUAGUAAUAAAAACUGAUCAGAAAAGCUAUCAAAUUGACUACCACCCACACAAUUAAUGGAAUUCUUUCUAGCAGACAACCUACCAUGUUAUUGGAGAAUUCAAUUGUGCAAGUAUUUGAGAGCCUAAUGUCUUCGAACCAACACUUGGUGCUAGAUUUUUAGUUUAGGAAAAGAGAUAAGACGUAUACCCACAUGUCUACAUUCUACAAGGCAAAAAGGAUAGCUGCUCCAAGAGGAGCAGAAUGAGGCACUGAGGGCAUACAAACAACAGGGCAUUAGAAAGAGUGGAGGAUUCCAAACAAGGGUGUCACUCACGUUAUUUGCAAUUCUGGUCACUGUUACUCAUUUACUCUAAAUUUAGUAAACAAAAUGCCUGACUCCAAAUAAGCUCUUAAACUAAUUAGGCACUGUCACAUGAAAAUAGUUUUAAGAACAUUCUAUUUCCAGUUCUCUAAUAUGUUAACAAACCUUAGGUACGUGUGCUCAGGGAAAUUAACUUCAAUGUCAAAGCCUUAAAAUUGAAGAGGUGAAGACUACAAACUGAUCAUAAGAUAUAUGUCCAUAUAUACACCCAUAUUUUAUGUAAAUUAAAUAUAUACACAUAAGUUAUUUAUAAACUUAUAAUAAUUAUUAAAAUACAAAAUGUUAUUUUUUCUAUAAUCAUUUCUGUUAAUCUGAGCUGUCAAAAUAAAGUUUGCAGCAAAAAUCUAAAAGCAACUACAAGAUGUAUUAAAACAAUAUACCACAUUUUGUUGCCUAUUAUAUACUCACCUUCUAAAGUCAUAUCUACCAUUUAGAUGGGUAAUGGCUUUUCAAAGUCACUAAAGAUAACACAAACACAGACUAAAAAAGGAACAAAAGAAGGUCCUUAAAACAUGUCUGAGUAGCCUUAUAUUGAUGAAAAUGAUCAUAAAGCAGAGCACAGUUUUCAACUGAGAUUUUUAUACACUUCCUUUAAUGAAAUUCAGUACUCUGAAGCAUACUCUACCCUUCUGGCCUUCAUUAAAUAGCUAAAAAAAAAAAAAAAGAUGAUAUAACAAAAUUUCACUGGUUUACAGUGACGCUUUUUGGGUUGGAUUCUACUGUUGUAUUUAUAUGUGUCUUUCCUCAAAGCUUCUCAUAUUCUAGCAUGCAAGUGUCCUAUAUCUUUUGAAGCAGAGUAAAAAGUAAAAAUUGAAGUUACCGUUUCCUUGACAUCUGGUUCUUUUUCUCGAACAUCUGAAUAAUCCUGCUGAAGCUGUUUUAAAUUAGACAAGAAAUAUGCUGCAGUCCUAAGUGAAGAUUUUCUCUCUUUAAGUUCAUCAUAUUUUGUUUGUAGCUGUUCCAGCUGUGGUUCUAACCUAAAACAAAAAUAUUACUCUGCAAAAUAAAUGACUGAAGAGUAACAGCCUAUGUGUAGGAGACUGAGUAUUUGAGUAUAGUGAAUGAAGUAUGAAAAGUAGAGAGGUAGAGUAGAUGACUUAAGAAUUCUUCAGCUCUGAAAUUAUGAAUGUGUGAAAGAUUGUAGAUUUCAAUUGAAAAUACAGAAAAAACUGAAAUAUGCACAAGGAGUAACUAGCAAUAAACUCACAGAAGACUAUGCCUUACAUAUUUAAAAAUUCAUCAUGUCCUUUUUAGGGUCAUGGGAACUACUGAAUUAAAACAUACCUUUUAACAUUUUAAUGCCCCAGGUAGGAGUAGGCAGGCCCUGCGGGUUUUACAGUGAAGCCGUGGACAAAAGCCUUCCCUUUGCCCUUCCUCUUAUCAGAAUCUUGUCCACUUUUCAAGGCAUAAUAAGACCAGGAGAAAAAUGGUCACACUGCCUGGAUGAAGAAUGUGUGACUUGAGGAAAACUGGUUCAUCUCAGUGCUUCAGUUUCUUCGUUUAUAAAAUCCAAAGGGAUACCUUGGAUUUUUUGGACCAAUUAAAAAAAAGGGGAGAAGGGCUACCAAAUUUUUAUUUUUUAAAACUAUCUUCUAAUAUAAUUUGAUAAAAGAAUAGUCGUUUUAAUAGUUCUUUACAUUGAAGUGUUGCAGCAUUCUGGAAAACUCACUAUUCUGCUGACAGGGUCAUGGGCAGGCUGACAUCAGAUCCUGGCCCACCACUUUCUAGGUGUGUGACUGUCAGUAAGUUAUCUCCCCGUUCCUUACAUUUUUCACGUGGAAAGUUAAAACAAUGAUAUGUCACAUUUUUUUUCUACUAUGCCUUUUCAAAAUUAUGCUUCUUGACUUCUAAAAUCACAUCAUAAAAGGAACAAAACAGGUUAGUCUUUAAAACAUGUCUGAGUGGUCUUUGAUGGCUAUCAUUCUAAAGCAGAGACUUACUACAGAGCCGUAAUAACCUACCUCACAGGAGUAUGAGGAUGACUGUAUAAAGCUUUUAAGUGUUAGCUAUCAUCAUUAUUUUAUUGCCUUUAUUUCCUUUAUUUUGACCUGGGCCAAUGAAAUUUUAUCUUGGACUAGUAGUAGCUCUUCAUGGGCUAGAUAUGGAAACCAGCAGAUAAGAGAACUAAUUUCUCCCCUUUUUUAAAAGGCUGUGGCAGUCUCUUUAAAAUUUAGUACUUAGUUAUGCAUUGAUUUUUCUGGUAUCACUUUACUUCUCAAACUAUUUUAAAGGUCCUUAAGGGCAGAAAGUAUAUCUGGUAUGAUACUACUAAUUCUUCCACUGCUUUGUCUACCAACCCUUGGCUCACACAAUGAUCUCAGCUUAGUAGAACACCACCAAAAACUACCUGCAGGUCGGCAGGUUGAUGUGUGGAUUCCAGUUUUCCUAACCAGGCCAUAGGACAGCCCUGGCCUGCAAAGCCUGGAAAGCCUUCCUAGUCCAACACUUGGGAAUGGAAUCAGAUGAGUACCAUUCCAAAGUACAUGUUUCAAACAACAACACAACAGAAACAAAAACCAUUUAACAUUUAUAUGCCAGUCUCUGUGAAGUACUUUCUGUAUACUGAAUUGACUCAUUUAAUUCUCACAGCACCCUAUGAGGUGUAAGUAUUAUUACUAUGCCCAUUUUACAAAUGAGGUAACUGAGGCACCAAGAGGUUAAGGGACGUGCCCAAGGUUGCACAACCAGUGAGUGGCAGAGCCUGGAUUCAGACCCAGGUGGUCUGAUUCAAGAGUCCAUGCAUUAAAUCGCUGCCUUGCAUGCAACAUCAACAGACCUGCUGGAUCAGUGCUGAAUACUACUUUGCCAAAGGGUUCUGCAACUAGGCAGUAUAACCCGUGUUCACUAUAUUUCCAAGCUCAAAGAUAACCUGGGGUUUUGAAGCAACACAGCAGCAAGUUUUACUACUUCCAAGUGACAAACCAUAAUUACAUCAUUCUAGGUAAUUCUCAAUCAGGAUUUUGAUGUUAUCUUACCGAAGUAGUUCAUCCUGGACUUCAAUCAAACGUUGCCUUUUCUUUUCGAUAUCUGAAAUCAUCUGAGUAAUACAAUAAUUUCUUUGUUAAAUUAAUUUUGUAAAUGCUUGAGUACUGCCCUUUGCCAGACAGACAUCUACUAGGUAUUGGAAAUACAGUGGAGAACAAGACACCAAAUUCUUGUCAUCACAGAACUUUGGUCCAGCAGGGAAACAGGCAUCACAUAUAAAUGGCAUACAGUUAAAGACUGUGGUAUGUGCUGUGAAGGAAAAGUACAGGAACUACAAAAAAGAAGAGCAAGUACAUCUACUUCAGGAUGAUGUUGAAGAGGAAGAUGGGGCCAGAUCCUACCAGACCCUGUGAGCAAUAAAGUAGGGAGUUUAGAUUUUAUCUGGGUACACCGGGAAAAUACUGAAGCAGGGAAUAUAUUUUUAAUAUAACAUUUUUUAAAUGUUAAAAUAACAUUUUUAAAAUACCAUUUCAAUAUAGUAAGUUUUAUUAUCUCAGCCAUCACUCUUAGUGACAUUCAGAAUGUUCCCACUAGCUUAUAAGCAAUGCAGAAAUGACCCAUAAGACCUUAAAACUGAACAAAAGAUGUAGUCACUGGAAGGAAAAUGCAUACAUUUCUAACCCAAUUCUUUUAUAAAUAUAGAGGGGGGGCCAGGCUUCCACUCCUGAAUUCAUGCAAGUUUAGAGUGAGAACCCCUGAGGCUAUUCAGUCCAGACUCUUCAUUUUAUGGAUGAGGAAACCGGGGCCUAGCAGUUACUGGCUUGUUUCCCACUGCAUACCUUGUGGUGUAGUUUUCAAAGUGUUACAUUAAAGUAGCAGAACUAGGACUAGAAAUGAGGUCUUCUGACCCCAACCCAGUUUUCUUCUCAGGCUGUCCCUUUAACUUGGGACAGUGUUUUUUUUGUUUGUUUAUUCUAAGAGGUUAGGCUUUUUGAUAUCCAGAAAAGUGGUAAAUAUAUGUUACUUAAUACUUGUUUAUAUUAGUGGUCAUUUUGGGCUUGAUAGAUAUUUUUAGGCAAAGUUUGGAACAUUAAAAAAAGGCUUGAAUUCCUCCUGUUCUCCAUUUAUAAAAACAAUUAUUUUGACAUUUGGGCAGCUUUAGGAAACAAAAGUGACUAGUAUCUCUUCCUUAGCUUGUACCAACAGCACUCAUCAGAAGUCAACCACAAAAUCGACCAAAUAAAGUCUGUCUAAAAAGAUAAAAAAUCUUACAUAAACUGAACCUCAUAAAACCUAGAGUCGAGUCUACUUAAUUCUACAUUAUGUUAGUGUCAUGUGUGACUAUAUGUCUCUUAAUAUUUACCUUAGCAUUCUUCCUUUUCAGAUUUUUCAACAUCUGCACUUCUUUAAGCUACACACAAAAAAAUAAAUAUUUGCAUGCAUUUUCCACAAUUAAAAAUAUGUAUAACUAUUAUUUUAACAUAUAUCAAAUUUAGUUUAAAAACAGCAUGUGCAAUACAUGUAGUUCUAAUGAGUUCUUUACCAGAUUGCCAUCAAAUGCAAGCUUUUCUAAGAUGGCAGUAUGAUGUCUCAAAAUUAACAAAAAAAAAUUUAGAUCAACAAAUUUAUGUCAAUGACCUUACCAAUUUGAUGAGUUCUUCUUUAAUAUUAGAGUAAAAUUUGUUGAUGGCCUCCGUACAAAUUUUAGAUUGUAUUCUUUGUCUAUAGAGUAAAAAAAAAAAAAAAAAAAAAAAAAAAA